AUGUGUACAUGUCCAGUCCAGUACUACGUACCGUACCGUACACAAAGUGCGUUGUUCCAGUCACUCUGUGGCAUGGCAUUUGAUCUAAGUUAGCCAUGCCCCCUCCCGGACCGCGCGCGGCUGGGUUUGGACUUGGACUUGAUGUGCCGUCUGUCUGGGGAAAGGGUCAUGGGCUGACUCGCGGUGAUUUGCGCUCGUGUAUGUGCUGCUGUCCCCCUCCGCUUGCUCCCUACGGGGCAAGAAUUCUUAUCUUAUGUAUAUCGGUGGAUGAUGAUUCGAUUCUAUGGGUAGAGGGAGUAGAUACCUUUACACGGACCUUGUCAGCUGAAUGAUCCGGACUCAGCGUGCCUGUACUGCUGGAAUCAU